AUGUCCGAGUUCGAGAAUGCGAGCAACUGGCUGACUUCGUCGUCGUAUGGGGGUCAUCUCGACAACGAAACAAAGCUCGAGCUCUAUGGACUGUACAAGUUUGCCCAUUCGGGGUUUGGUCCCACCGGCAAACGCCCCGGCAUCUUCCAUUUUGAGGCACGACACAAGCACGAUUCAUGGUGUCGCGUCGCGACAGCCUUUUCUGGGCGGCCUGAUGACGCCAAGGCGCGCUACGUCGAGACUGCGCGUCAAGCUGGGUGGAAAGGGCUUGGUGCGUCAGCGUCGCCUGAAGAUGAGGAAGAGGAGGAGCCCAGGAAGACUGGUGGGACAGGGUUCGGACCUAGUGUGAGCGUCAUGGCGCGCGAGGAGGGGCACGAAGACGCAAGCGCGAGCGCGCUGCACGACGCGGCGAGCCAAGGCGAUACCGAAGCAUUAGCCAAACUCCUUGACGGCACCAACGUCAAUGGCAAAGACGAAUACGGCUUCACUCUUCUUCACCUUGCGGCAGAUCGCGGGCGCGUCGAGGCUGUCAAGCUCCUCCUCGAUCGCGGGGCGGACAAGUCCGUUCUCGACCCCGAUGGACAGACUGCCCACGACAUUGCCGCUGUGUCUGGCCGUGAAGAGAUCAUGGUUCUCCUCCAAUAA